CCCCGGCGCCGCUGGGCGGCAGAAGUUGGCAGGCUCCGGGGCGUUGCAGCCAGCCCGCCCCAGCCGGAGCCGGGGCCCCAAGCGCCCCUCGCCGUGGGGUGCGGAGGACCCAGGAGCGGAGGCUCGUUAAACCGCCCCGGGGGGAAGCGGGGAGACCCCGGAUCCGGAUCUCCGGGCGCUCCUUGGGAACCCCGCCCGGUGCCUUCGUGACAGCCCAGGAUGGCCGCUCCCUGGUUCCUGCUGAUGUCCGUGUGGCUCCCGCUGAGCCUCGCCCCCGUGUGCCAAGCUCAGGAGGCCCCUCCGUCUGGGUGCGGCACGGACCUGGCCUCGCUGUACUACAACCUCUGCGACCUGUCGGCGGCCUGGGGCAUCGUGCUGGAGGCGUUGGCCAGCUUCGGGGCAGUGACCAGCUUCGUGCUCACCAUCAUCCUGGUGGCCAGCCUGCCCUUCGCACAGGACCCCAGGAAAAAGAGCCUGGUGGGGACUCAGGCGUUCUUCCUCCUGGGCACAUUCGGCCUCUUCGGCCUGACCUUCGACUUCAUCGUCAAGCGAGACUUCUCCACCUGCGCCUCACGGCGCUUCCUCUUCGGGGUCCUCUUCGGGAUCUGCUUCUCCUGCCUGGUGGCCCAUGCCCUCACCCUUAACUUCCUGGCCAGGAGGAACCAUGGGCUGCAGGGCUGGGUGACCUUCGGCGUGGCCCUGCUGCUGGCCCUGGUGGAGGUGAUCAUCAACGCCGAGUGGCUGCUUAUCACCCUGGUGAGGAGCAACGGCCCCUCCCAGGACCCCUGCACCGUGGCCAACGAGGACUUCGUCAUGGCGCUCAUCUUCGUCAUGUUCCUCCUGUUGGCCGCCUUCGCCACUGCCUGGCCAGCCCUGUGCGGCCGCUACAAGCACUGGAGGAAGCACGUCGUCUUCAUCCUCCUCACCACCUCCCUGUCCAUGAUCAUCUGGGUGGUCUGGAUCAUCAUGUACCUCUACGGGAACCAGCAGAGGGGAGGCCCGGCCUGGGACGACCCCACCCUGGCCAUUGUUCUGGUGGCCAAUGCCUGCGUCUUCGUCUUCUUCUACAUCAUCCCUGAGGUCUCCCACGUGACACGGCCGGGCCCAGAGCAGGCCUACGAGGACGACAUGUACCCGACCAGGGGCGUGGGCUACGAGACCAUCUUGAAGGAGCAGAAGUCCCAGAGCAUGUUUGUGGAGAACAAGGCCUUCUCCAUGGAUGAACCCGCCUCAGCCAAGAAACCGGUGUCACCUUAUAGCGGGUACAACGGGCAGCUGGUGACGAGCGUGUUCCAGCCCACGGAGAUGGCUCUGAUGCACAAAGGGCCCUCCGAAGGCAACUACAACGUCAUUCUCCCCCGGGCCAGCGCCAACAGCCAGAUGACCAGCAGUACCAACUCCACCCUGCGCGCAGAGGAUGCCUACGCGGCACAGAGCUGGCAUGCAGCAGCCCAGAAGGAUGGCAAGGGCGUCCAGGCUCCCUCUCCUUACAGCAAGAGCAGGUGGUAGAGAUCCCCGCCUGGGCUCCUGCUGCUCUAGAAAUCACCGGCGAUCCCCUUCCUCCAAAGAGGGAACCUGUCUCCUUCCCCACCUGUGGACAGUCAAGCCAAGGCCAACGACGGGAACUGAUCCUAGAGCCUCCAGCCAGGCUGGGUCUAAGCCCAGGAGAGGAGAGAGAAUCCAGUUCUUUCCCCACCCAGCCGUCCCCAGAGGGAAUCCAGAGACUCUGCUAAACACUGGCUUGGCCCUCAACCCCGCUGUGCUAUUGAUCCUCCUGCUGGGGACGCCGGACUGCACAGACUCCGGGGCUGCUGAGGUUGGGUCCUGAACGUGGGAACGGUCCCUCUUGGCAGCGUUCACCCUCCUGGCAGCGGUGAGCAUGUGCUGCCCGGCGCCUCGUACCCGUGGGAAUCGCCUCUUGGCUGCAUGAGCCACGUUCGCUUUGCGGCAGGGCCCACUCUCCCCGCUGGCUCCGUCGAUUCGCUCCCCGUCCCCUCCUGAAGCCCCAGGACAAUCUGCCACUCGGUGUCCGGAUGCAGGAGAACCACCCGGCUGCAGGCUUCAAAGGCAGUAGCUUCACGUGGGAGACCGGCGAGCACCUCUGUCGGAUGGAGCCUCCACUUGCAGGGAGCCGAGCUGAGCAGGUCUCGGCUGGGACCUGCCUUGGACAGAGCCACACAGAUCUCCCUGGCUGUUGCCCCUUGGUGUGGGGCCCUCCAGGGGCUGCAUGGCGUUCCCUGCCCCAGAGCCACACCCAUUCAGCCCAGCAUGGAAGAAGCUGGGUCCCAGGACUGGCGUCCUCCACAGGCCCUGCCCUGGGGUCCAUUCCUUCCUGUUGCAAAGCCCGUGUGGUAUCUUCCCCACCACGUCUUGGCCGGGAGGGCGCUGGGUCGCU